UCCGUGGGCGGGCGGCACCGGCGCAACAUCGUCAGUACCCGACAAAGUUUAUAAGACUGGUCCUGCAGGACAAGGAAAAAAAAAAAGGACAUGUCACUCCAAAACGCGAGCUUCUCGGUGGCUUCGAACCAGACCUGGCCGGUUGAGUCCUGGAAGGAAAACGUGGCUGUGCCCAUAUUCAUGUUCGUCGGGGGCGCCGUCGGCAACAUAACGGCGAUCGUCGUCCUGUCGCUGUCCAGACAGGAUCGGAAAAGUUCGGCGUUCUACGCCCUGGUGUGCGGUCUGGCCGUGACCGACCUGCUGGGCACGUGCCUGGCCAGCCCGCUGACCAUCGCCAACUACCUGGACCCGCAGGUGCUGCGAGGCGGGGCCCUGUGCGACUUCCACUCCUUCCUGCUGCUCUUUUUCGGCGUGACGGGCCUCAGCAUCAUCUGCGCCAUGGCCGCGGAGCGCUACCUGGCCAUCUGCUGCCCUUAUGUGUACCGGCGCUGGGGCGUAGACCGCCGCUUCGCGCAGACCUUCCUGAGCUUCGUGUACGCGACCAAUGCGCUGUUCUGCUGCCUCCCGGUGACGGGCGCCGUGAGGAGCAGCCUGCAGCCCUCCGAAACCUGGUGCUUCGUCGACCUGCGGACCUCGGAGCCCGUGGCCGCGGUCUACUCGGUGCUGUACGGCGCCGUGAGCGUGCUGCUCAUCGUGGGGACCACCGCGCUCAACGUGGCCGUGUGCGGUUCCCUGCUGCUCAUGCGUCGGCGCAGCGUGCGGAGGGGCGAGGACGGCGGAGGGGGGAGCGUGCGGGACAGGUGGAGGUCGCUCUCUUCCGCCGCCGAGAUCCAGAUCGUGGCCGUGCUGGUGAUGACCUCGCUGGUAGUUCUGGGCUGCUCGGCUCCGCUGGUGGUGCGUGUGUUCGCCAACCGUCUUAUGAUGAAAGAUGACCCCGAAGCCGACCUGGCAGCCAUCCGGAUCGCAGCCAUCAACCCCAUCCUGGACCCUUGGAUCUACAUCCUCCUCAGGCGGUCUCUGUUUCGCCGAAUAUUAAGCCUGUCCAGACGAUGUCGAACUCGCAGCGGUCGCACCCUAAGCCCACGAGGCCGUCUGUUUUGUCCCGAACACACCAAAGACAGCAAUGUGUUGAGUCAGAUGAUGCAGAACCAUCUCAGGACUUCGCUUUCUGCUGCCUCUGCUGUCUCAGUACCACACGUGCACUGUGCUGCUCUUAAAUUGAAAGACUGAAUGUUUGUUUGUUUGUUUGUUUAAUGCUUGAAGGCGACGCACAGACACUUGUGCUACUUGGCACUUUUGGGAAAGCCCGUUCAGAUCAAGAGAAAUUAUUCUUACUUCAGUUUACCUCUCAGGGUCGGAGGGACACCGCUUUGCCGGCUGACUUUGGGCAAGCGGACCGAUUUCCAAGUCAAUCACAGAAUGAACCCACGAAGACUGAUUCUACGUCUGUAUUUUCUUCAUACUGGAUCGGUCUUCAUCAAGCCACAUCGGGCCGCUUACCUCUUUGUUGUGAGGUCAAUUGGCCCAUCUGAAAUCAUCAUGAUUCACGCUCAUAUGGACAUAAACAUUCUGUAAUGUUAACAUCUUUGGGAUCACUACUGGGUGGGCAAAGAACAUUCCUUUUGCCUUUUAUGCAAUUGGAACCACAUUAAAAUAAGAUUAGACUCCAAAAUUCCUGUCUCGCUCCAAUUUUGGGUAUGAUAUCAAGAACAGGCAGCUGUAAAAAAAAGGGGGGGGGGAGGCAGUCUAGUGCCUUAAGGCACUAGAGUUGGAAAUCCAUGGACAUUCUUAACUGUGUUCAUUUUUAUAACAUUUCCAGUGUGUGAUCUAUUUUAUUACAUCUAUUCAAAACAAGCGAUAAUUUGAAUUAAUUUGAAUUGUAUGAGUUUUGUUUGUUUCUUUUAUGAUUAUCCAACAUUGAAAAAUAUUUUAAAUUGGAGUGAGGUAACCACAUGUGCAGUUGAAUGUUUUCCCAAGAAGGAAAGCUUGUAGCGUGAGCAAAAUACGGCUUCUCAAACUUGGUCACCACUGGCACUCGUAUUUAUUUUAGUCUAAUCAACUGUUGAUAUCAGUGAUUUGCGUAAGAACUAACGUAAUGAAAAUAAUGUUCUGCAUGCCUUUUUUCUGUUUCUCAAUUUUUUUUUUGCACAGCCCUAUUAAUUUAUUCUUUGUGAUUUACAGUACAAGAUUAUUGCUAUAUCCCACUGGGGCCUCCACUCCCUGAGAAGGGUUGCGUCAGGAAGGGCAUCCGGCGUAAAAAAUGUGCCAAACAUAUGUGUGUUCAUCUGAGAUGACACGCUGUGGCGACCCCGAAAGGGACAAGCCGAAAGAAACACACACACAUUAUUGCCUUUUGUUGCCAGACCAACACUUAAAAUACGUAGACGUGACAUUACAGUUCAUUCCGGUAAUCUAUUUAUUCUUUAACAUUUUAAAAUAGCAUUUUGUAAUCCAAAGCAAAAACAUCUGCUCAUAGCUGCACUGCUGGGAAA